AUGGCGACCUCGAACCUCCCUCCCGACCUCCCCUGGGACCAACUCACCCUCUACCACACCUCCGAUCCUUACCUCUCCUCCAUCUUCGUCUUCUACGGUCCCGUCACCACCGCCAAUGCCACCGUCAGCUCCUCCCGCAUUCAGGCGCACAUCCUCACCCCCGCCGGCUGCCAUUCCUAUCCCCGCAUCACCGUCUCCCCCGCCGCUCCCCUCUACGCCGCCGUCCACCAUCUGCCUCGCGACAAGCAAGGCGACGAGGUCGCUCGCGGCCUCGCCGUUGCCAUGCUCAAAUAUUUCGCCGAUCUCCCCAAUCCCGCCCGUGAUGCCCUCCAGGCGGUCGCCCGCGCCGCCCGCCCCGCCGACCCUCUCCCCAAACUCUUCGAUGAGAUGCACGCCGCCGACCUCGCCCAUCGCUUAACACCCCUCGACCAGACCCCCGAGAUUGUCCGCGACCUUCGCGCCGCCUUCCAAGAACGCUCCGUCCCUUGGGUCGACCUCGACGUCGUUCUUCCCGCCGGAUCCAUUCAACCCCCGCCCUCCUCCUCCUCCUCCCCCGACGAUCACGAUGACGACGACGACGACGACGGUCUCGACUGCGACGGUCCCCCCGAUCUACAAUACGGUCCCUAUACCCCCCUCAUACGCGCCCUCGGCCCUCCCAUCUUCCUGCCUACCGCCCGCCUCAAACGCGCCCCCUCCCAGUCCACCAACCUCAGUCGCUCCAAGGUCUUCUCCCCCGCCCAGAAGCAGGCCCUGCGCAUGACCAUGUGUGAGUUCGUCGACACCGAGGAGCGAUACGUCAACAAACUCUAUACCCUCGUCCGCUCCGUCGCCGAGGAGUUCCACCGCAAGGCCAACGCCCGGCCCCCCUCCAGCACCAGUCCCGAUGCCGCCGACCUCGCCCGUCUCUUCCCCCCCUGUCUCCAUGACAUCCUCGAGCUACACCUAGGCUUCCUGGACGUCAUCCGCCAGGUCCUCGAAACCACCGAGCCCGACGCCAUCGACGACCUCACCCAGGACACCGACCUCUCCUCCUCACUCGCCCGCCGCUCCGCACGCGACGGCCCGGACCGCAUCGGUGCCGUCGCCUUCGCCGCCGCCCUCGUCGAUUGGUUCCCCCGCUUUGCCGAGCCCUACGCCGCCUACCUGCGCGCCCACACCGGCUUCACGCAGACCCUCAACACCUUCCUCCAGGACAAGCAGUCCAGCUUCACCCGCCGCGUGCAGGACACCGGCGAGCAGCUGCUCCGCUCCCUCCUCAUGGAACCCGUCCAGCGCCUCCCCCGCUACAGUCUCCUCAUCGACACCAUGACCGGCAGUCUGCCCCUCCUCCACCCCGCCGUCCGUCCCUUGCUCCAAGCCCGCGACGUCGUCACCGACAUCUGCGCCCUGGACGACGCCGUGUCCGCCAGCCCGGACCGCGGCUUCCAGCGCUUGUCCGCCGCCCUGGUCGACGGCUGGCCCGCCGCCACCAUCCGUCCCGCCGGCCGACUGGUCACGGCCAUCGACGUCCACACCCUCGCCCCGCCCUACCACCGGGAUCGCCUCCCCUCCACCGCCGACCCCGGCCCGUUGGGUAUCCUGCUGGUCUACCAGAACGCCCUCGUCCUGCUCGCCAAGGGGCCCGGCACCCCGAUCACCGCGCGGGGUCUGGCCACCGAGUUGGACAGCGCCGCCUCCGCCACCGCCGGUCCCGCCAGCCCCACCACCGCGCGCGCCCUCCAGGUGAUCCAGGUCUACCCCCUCCGCCGCGUGCGCUGCACCCAGUCGACCUGCGGCCGCAUCCUGUUCCUGGCCGCACCGUCCACUCCCGGGCUCCACGCCCUCGAACCGACGGCCAUGUACGAGGGGCGCGCCGGCCGCGUCAUCGAGGAGAUCGUCAAGGCCCAGAUCGCCGGUCGCUUCCCCGAGCGGGAGCGCGAGGACGGGAAGUGGACCCUGCGGAGCCCCACGGGCACGGUGGGCAACCUCGGCAUCCUGGCUUGCGUCGUGGAGGACGCGCCGGAAACCCCGCGCCCCGCCUCCGCCCCGAUCCGGCUGGUCAUCGACCCUGCGCGCUCGGCAGGCGGUCCUGCGUUGGGCUCGCCCGGUCUAGAGGUGCUCCUGUCGGUGACGCCCUUGGCCGAGGACCAGUUUCGCCUGGAUCUGGACUCUAUCGUCGGCCAGCGCUCCUCGGAUAUCGUCACCGCGGAGAGCUUUGUGCCCGUCCUGUCCAAGCGCCUAUCCCACGUCCUCUCGCCCUUACACGGCCCCCAAAACCGGACCAUGGCCGAAUCCAUCAUCCACGCCAACCUAAACAUCAUCCGCGAUCUAUCCAGCUACUUCCUCGCCCCCGCCGCCAAGGCCUCCAAGAGCUUCCGUCCCCCGUCCCCCUCCAAGCUACUAUCCAGCCUCCUGGGCAGUGGCCCGACCGGCGCCAAAGGGCUCGGUGACGUCCCCAAGAUGCCCCCGCCGCGCGGCCACCUGUCGCGGUCCAACACCUUGCCCUCCGUCUUCCCCGGCAAGGAGGAGGAGAGACGGGAGGACCGGACGGACGCGACGCCCCCCAAGGUGUCCGUGGUCGGCUCGGACUCCGGCCCAGGUCCCGAGAGUACGUUGCCGGCGCUGGAACGGGCGUUCGCCGCUUAUGCGCUAGCCCUGCAAUCACGCAGCGGGAACAUCGUCGGACGCACCCUGCGCGCGCGCGACGGCGUGGAUCGGUCGGCGGUCAACGAACUCUACAAUGUCCUGCUCGAGGAUCCCGGAAAACUCCAGGCGGCGGCCGAAGUCCCCGUCGACACCCUGUUCGUGGCCUUUGAAACCUUCAUGGCCAACGCGUGGAGCGAGCAGAUGGGUCCCGUCUUGGAUCCCGCGUCCCUGGCCCUCCUCCAGGGUCAUUUCGACACCAUGUUCCCGCGCGACUUUGACGAGAGCUUCCGCCGGUUCCUGUCCGAGAUGAGCCCCCAGAAUUGCCGCGCCCUGGCCGCCCUGGUGCGACUCCUCGCCGAUCUCCUCGACGCGUCCGGCAACGACGGCGACCGCGGCGCGUUGACCGCCGUCUUUGCCGAGGUGCUGACCACCGAGGGCGACCCGAUGCACCACGUCUCCCUUCUGGACCGCCUGGUCGACGACUUUGACCAUCUCUUUGAGGAGGUCACCCCCGACGGCGCCUCCCUGGAGGCGAUCCUGAGCGGCGAUCCGACCCCGUCCGCCGCGCACAACCGCGGCUCGGUGAGUUCCACCACCUCCUCGUUUCGGAAGCGCUUUGGCUUUAGCCUCCACCGGGACAGCUCGAAGGCGGCCGACGGCGAGAGCAAGGUCUCGUCCAUCUUACGGACCCUCAGCAAGAGCAAAGGCUCCCUCGCCGGAGACUCCGAGCCGGGGACGCCCAAGGGGUCCCUCCUGCGGUCGAAAUCGAUCGACGUGGAUGCGGGGCUGGCGUAUCUCCUGCGACCCGGCUCGCGCGAUCGGUUGGGCACCUCGUCCUCGCAGGAGCAUUUCCACCGGCCGGCCAGCGCGCAGGAGGACACGGCCUCCGUCUCCUCGGUCCGGGGCCUCGGCGGGGUGAAGGUGCGCCGGAAACGGAGGAGUUCCCUCUCUGAUUUGAGACCGGGGACGGCAUCGUCGGAGGUGUCAACCACGUCCACGAGCCACGCCGCCCGGCCCGCGACCCCGGCAUCGUCCGCCAGUCACUCGCGGUCCGACGGGGUGACACCGACCAAGCCACCGCGACCCCAGUCCCGUCACGGGGAGCCCACCGUGCGAAGCACCUCACCGCAGAAGAGUGGCUCCCCAUCUCUGGUUUCCCGGUCGCCCACUCGUCCCGUCACCCCGAGCCGGAAAGAGAACAUCGACCCGAAGUUUCUGCCCACCGACCGCUCUCCACGGAAGAAGAAGGAUGCAUCCGAGUCCCCCCAGGAGCCGAAACGACGGAGUCGGGCGACGAGCAUUCCCGCGCGGAACCCUGGGUUAAAGGAGCGACCUGUUCCGGUCAAUGGAUCUGAUGUGAAGCGGCCGACGUCGUCGUUAUCAUCACCUCCAAAGCCGCAGAAACUGCGGAUGCAGAGUCCGCAAAAGCUCCGGGAUCGCUUGCAGAGCGAGAAGCGGGCCCAAAACCUGGCCCAGCUGGGGCUGAAGGACGAACUGGAUCUGAUUGGUGAGGAAUUGCAGUCGUUGAAGCUCGCAUCCUCCCAGCCGGGGAAGUCGAUGCGGUCCAGCCCGGAGCAUUUAGGAGAGCCGUUCGCUCCUCAGUCCAACACUGCCCUGAUCACACGCAUGCGGAAUUUGGAAACAAAGUUCGACGCCUUUUCAGGAGAGUUCCACGGACGAACAUCCUCCAUCGAACGAGACCUGGAGUCAACCCUGGUAGUCAGCGAAAAGCGUGUCAAAAAACUCGACGAGCUAUACCGGGAGGCCAGCGCCGAAAAUGAAGCACUCUACGACCGGUUCAACUCGGAACUCAGCAAAGUAGCCAAGGACGCCCGAUCUGGGAACGUGGACGAUGCGCUCAGCUCGCAGCUGUCUGCAGCUCUUGAGGAGGUCGGAAGACUCAAGAAGGAGAAUUUCCGACUUAAACGAGAGGUUGGAGGGCUUCGUGCUCAACAAGCUGCUGUGGCGUUGUUGAAAGCGGGUGAAUAA